UGCAAAUCCUGCAAACCCAAACUCCUCUUUCCCUCUGUCUCUGGUCAAAUGGAAAGACUAGAGAGAGAUGGGAUGGAGAAAACAGAAAAGAAAGGAAAGAAGACUUUACACGGAGGGAUCCUUCUUUAGUGACACAGAUGCACUCCCCUCUCUCUUUUGCUUAGCAACCACCAACCAGCACUCCAGUUCAUACUUCAUAGCCUUAGCCUUAGCCGCUAAGCUUCCCCUCACCGCCUAUAUAAAACCCUCCCGUCAACCAGCCGAUAAAACCCAAAUUCAGCGCACCAACCGAUACCCUCUCUCUCUUUCAACCCAACGACGAAUUCCCUGAUCACAACCCAAAAAUGCAGACCGUCAAAAGACUUCCCCGGUCCUCAACGCCACCGCUAUCGUCGCCGCCGACGACUCCUCCUUCCCCUUCCAGUCUCGACAUGAACGAUCUCCCUGAAGACCUCAUCGCCAACGUCCUCUCAUUCACGGGACCCCGCGAGUCCUGCCGCCUCGCCGCCGUCUCCGCCACUUUCUGGUCCGCUUCCCUCUCCGACACCGUCUGGGAGCGGUUUCUCCCCCCGGACAUCCUCUCCGUCCUCUCCCGAGCCGCCGCCAACGAGAAGAACGACUCCUCCCAUUCCGGCUCUACAAAGAAGGAUCUCUUCCUCCGCCUCUGCGACCACCCCGUCCUCAUCGAUGGCGGCCGUAAGAGCUUCUCGCUGGAUAAACGGAGCGGGAAGAAAUGCUACAUGAUCUCGUCUAGGGAUCUCUACAUUAUAUGGGGCGAUACCCCUCGAUACUGGAAAUGGAUCUCCGACCCCGAUUCCAGAUUUGGGGAAGUUGCAGAGCUUGUUGGGGUGUGUUGGCUGGAAGUGAAGGGCACGAUUCCGACGUCGAUGCUCUCCCCGUCGACGUUGUACACGGCGUAUCUCGUGUUCAGGGCGCCCCACGGGGCGUACGGGUUCGACUACCAGCCCGUCGAGGUCUCGGUGGGGCUGUCGGGCGACGAGAAGGUGGUGCGGUCGGUUUACCUCGACGCCGGGAUGGAGAGGAGGCGGCGGCUCCAGGUGGUGGCCGCUGAGGGUGCUCCGAGGCGGUUGUUGGGCGGGUUCGGGCGGUUCAGCCCACGCGGCAGCCGUGUGAUAGGGUUCCAUUCCCCUGCUCCGUCGGCGGUGGCCGACGAGGGAAUCGGCCACCGCGGCGCGGCCGAGCGAGGCAACGGUGUGUGUCCGAAGGAGAGGAAGGAUGGGUGGUUUGAGGUGGAGCUGGGUGACUUCUUCACCAAGGAAGGGGUUGAAGGGGAGCUGUUGGAGAUGUAUGUUGCUGAGGUGAAAGGUGGGAAUUGGAAAGGAGGGCUUCUUGUUCAAGGCAUUGAGAUCAGACCUAAAGAGGGUAAAUGAAAUUUUCCUAUUGGAACAGAAGAUUUUUUUUUUUUUUUGAGGAAAAAGGGACUCCAUUUUACUUUGCUUUGUUGCUUCUCUUUCAAGUAACUAUUUUUCUUCUGUUACAAGCUAAGCUAUGGUGAAGAAAUGGGGAGCCAAAUGAGGUUCCUUUUGUCUUCUGAGUUGUUUUUGUAUUACAUUUUGCCUAAUUGUCUUCUUCAGCUUUGUUCGGCAUGUAUGAUAUUCUUAUAUGUAAACUGUAACGGAGUUCCGAGAUCUUGAUCUUGUAAUGAAAGAGAGAGAUUCAAGCUUCGAUUUCUUGAAUAAUUUUGAAUUCUAUGUAUUGAUUCACGUGAUGCAAGUUACGUCUACACACUACGGAGUCAUUUUCAAGAUGAUCUACGCGAGUAAAGAUCGCUUAUCGUGGGUGAGAUCGUAUUUGAACAUGUGAGAGAUUGAGAUGUCUUGAGCCUAGUGGUGGAUUUAGGGGGGUCCCCUCUGAGCCACGGCUCAGCCCUUUGCUGGAUCAAAGAGUUAGUAUAGCAUUUGCAGAUUUUCGAUUUUAGGUGUUCGUUUCAGUAUUCGUCGGAUUACUAUUCAGCCCUUUCUACCUCUUUUUAAAUAUGAUCUAGUGUUUUACCCAAGCAAACCACGGAAUCCAAAACCUUGAAGGCUGCCAAAAGCAAGAAAAGUUGCAGCCUUUUGAAGUUUGAAAUGAACUUCUAUUCUCCCGGUGUAGAGAGAUCCAUGGGCAAAAAACAACAAAACUUUAAACUUGCAAUCCAUCAACUUUUGCAUUUCACAUACAAAUCCAAGGCUUCAACGUUAACACGACAAACAAAAGCCUAUUUAUAGCUUCUCCUCGCAAACAAUCAGACCGACACUGACAUGUCAAUUGAUACUUGUGCGAGCAAAGGUUCAGUUCACCUAAAGGCUGGAGCUGAACAAGAAGAAAGAGAUCAUGCUGCUCAGCUGCUGUGCCUAAAAGCCAGGACAACCGAAUGUCCGGGGUACUAAUAAUUGGACACUUCAUGA